AUGGCAUAUAUUCGUUUACUAAAUACGAGAAUGUACUUGAGCCGCCGAUCGCUUGCAGGACUCAUUGUGGGAGCAGUGAUGAUAAUUUUCUUAUCACACAAUAAUUCUUAUGUGAUGACAAUUAAAAAGAACGUUUUUAAUGAGUACGACAGCAACAGUUUUUUAGUGGGAAUUUCCAACGAUAAUGUCAGCGAUACAGUGCGAGAGGAGAUACAAGCCUGCAUACAUCCAGAACUGGAUGUCGAUGAUCCUGUCAUGAUGGCUUUCUAUAAGAAACUACCAAAAGUUGUGUGCAAGGGAGAAAAAAACUGGGUGUUCGUAGACAACGGUACCCUUCGGUUUUCUGAAGAAGCCAAGAAGAUUCACAAGGAUUUCCAUUGUGAUUAUUACCCUUUAAUACGUGGACCCGGAGAUUAUCAGAUCUCUUUUUCCGACCCUAUUAAAGACAUUAAAGAUGGUGCCAAUUUGACAUCCGACUUUUUUAAAAUAACUUGCGUGGACAUAAAUAAUAACACAUAUGAAAACAUACAUGCUGGUAUUCACCUUAAUUUGACAAUCAAAGAACGUCUACAAGUUGUCAAACCGCCAGCUAAUGGAUUAGGUCUGUCUAUUGCGUUUCUGGGUUUUGAUUCCAUGUCCAGGAUGUCUUGGUUACGACGCAUGCCUUUAACCAGAGAUUAUCUCGUCAACGAACUCAAAGCUAUAGAAUUCCAAGGCUAUAAUAUCAUGGGCGAUGGAACGCCAGCUGCCCUGCUACCAAUUCUCACAGGAAAACACGAGCAGGAGCUCCCUGAAGCCAGGAGAAACCAAAAAGGAGCUGCAUCUGUAGAUGGUUUUCCUUGGCUGUGGAAAAACUUCUCUCAGCAUGGUUACGUCACAUCAUGGGCAGAUGCACAAAUCCAAAUCGCGCCUUUUAACUACCGACUUCUGGGCUUCGAGCACUCUCCAGCGGACUAUUUCAUGAGGCCCUUUUAUCUAGCUGUCGACCCACUGUACCACAAGUAUUCCCCGGACUGCCAGGCAUCGGAACCUAUGCACAUGGUAUGGUUUAACUGGAUACGAGACAUAUUCAACAUGUAUAAAGACGACCCAAAGUUCCUGUUCCAUUUCUACACACCUCUGAGUCAUGAUGACAACAAUAAAAUAACAAUGGCUGACGAGGAUCUGAAGACUUUCAUUCAAUAUCUGGAAACGGGCAGAUUUCUGAAUAACACCUUGCUUCUUAUAAUGGCAGAUCAUGGUGCCCGUUUUGCCGACGUUAGACGCACUUUGAGCGGCAAACUGGAAGAAAGACUACCCUACGUUAGCUUGCGCUUUCCACCCUGGUUUGAGACCAAGUACCCGGAAAUAAUAAAAAAUGUGAGAACCAACGUCAACCGUCUGACUACAGCUUUCGAUUUGCAUGAAACUUUCAAAGAUGUUCUGAAGUUCGAUGGUGCUGGAAUGGGCGACAUAAAGAACAGAGGCAUAAGUUUGUUUAAAGAAAUCCCUAAAUCACGUACCUGCGCCGAUGCGGAUGUUGCUGCUCAUUGGUGUGCUUGUCUAGCUUGGCAAAACGUGCCGCAGACCGAUCCUGACGCUAAACGAGCUCUUCAGACAGCCUUGGAUACGUUAAACAACUUUACGCAAGAAUACAGAUCGGACUGUGCCUUGCUGAGUGUCGGCAAUGUCACAAUGUUAUCGAAGCUCUUCACAAGCGACGAUGUGCUCAAGUUCAAGGAAACAGCAGGUGACCGAGGGUUAGAGCCCAUUAUGUCAGCCGAGACAGCCAGAGACAAGGUCAUUUACCAGCUGACGUUUUUCACGGAGCCUGGACACGGAGAGUUUGAAAUUACCUUAGAACAUUUGAUUGCCACAGAUAGUAUGUCUGUUAAUCCUAAAUCCAUUAGUCGGAUCAAUAAAUACGGCAACGAUCCUGCCUGUAUACUAGACAAGAACCGUGAGAUUAGACAAUAUUGCUACUGCAAAAAUAAUUUAUCGUAA